AUGAGUUUCAUCUUCGUCGUCGACACUUCGCUGACAAUGGCGUUGACGCUGGAUGGGCAGCCCUCAAGCUCCGUGAGUCAAUCGCGUUAUGGCGCCGCUUGUCGUAUCAUCUCUGGAUUGAUUUCAAGAGCCAAGAAAAUCACACCGGAGCCAAAAAUCGCUUUGUACCGCAUGGGUGCUAAAAUCGAGUUGUUGAGUCGAAAUUUGGAGGACGAGACGGUGGCACAGAAAUUUCUAGCGACAGGGGUGCGAUUGCUCGGCGAGUCGCACACCGGAGAGCUACUGGAUCGAAUCUCUGAGGAUCUCAGCCCAACACAAGACGAUCACAUCAUCGUCUUUACGGAUGCGACAUCAUAUGAUGGUGACAUCAACUUCUUUGCGCCGUGCGAGUGCCGUUUUGUUAUCGUUAACACGACGAAGAAAGGGGUCGAUCCGGUGCAAGUCGAAGAGUUGGAGGAGAUCUCGGCCGAAAGUUGUGGCUAUGAGGUCAGUGAAGACUACGAAGACUACUAUCACCUCUUCUAUAUGACCAACGAUACAACAGAAGAGUCAAUCGUUGAUGCAGUGGCCGAGGAAAUGUUUGUGGUGCCCGUGUACCAGCUGAGAAUCGGAUACUUGAACACGACGAUCACAACUUCUCCACCGAUUUGGGAAGAUCGUCCAUUCGAGAUUGAAACGAUCGGCUUCUGCAAGCACACGAGUCUUCUCAACAUGCCUGUGGAUUCGAAUCAUUAUGUUAUGCUGGAUAAUGGAAAAGGCGAAGAUGUGGAAAUGGAAGAUGAGGAGAGCUCACAAUCCGGCGACUUCCCACCUCAAAAACUCGCCAUUCUGUGGAUGAUGGCCGAGGCUAUGAAGCAAGAGUCAAAAGUCGCGCUGAUUCGCUUCGGAUCGGGUCGUUUCGGUGUGCUUUCACCGUUCAACGAGUCACAUUCGGGUCUCCUCCUUUCCCUACUCCCACCACAGCACCUCCUGCCGCCAUAUGUGCCCGAUUUGGAAAAACUGACAACCGUCCCGUGUUUCAACGAUCAAUGCGACGAUUUGGUGAUCAAAGAGGAGGCUGGAGAGCCGGCAAGCUAUGCGGCGAAUUUACACUCGUGGAUCGGCUCGAACGGGAUUCAAAACGAUUUGAACAAAAUUCUGCGCUAUUUCCGCAAAUUGCCCGACAAGAGCGAGAACUUUUAUAUGGAGCUGAACAAAGUACGGCAAUACGCGGCGGUGAUCGGAUGCCAGCAAAUUCUGUCGGAAAUCGCUCGUAUCUUGAAAGAGGAGUCGAUUCAAUUGAAUGAACACGUACGCAAACACGCGAAUCAUGUGGCCCCGUUUUUGGAGAUGGAGAUCACCGAAUUCGGCGUCCACGUGCCGGAUAUCCCAGCUCUUCAG